GUCUGCCUGUCUGUGCUGAGUAAAGCACAGCCACAAACCUUCUAGGCUUUAGCCCCGGAGCACACUGGCACUUGAACUGAAUUUCCAGAGGCAGCAUGGACAUCAAGGAGUAUUUUGCCAGGAUUUCUUACAAGGGCUCCCACAGUAAGCCAGACCUGGCUACCAUGUCAGAUAUAGUCCAGCACCACAUCCAAGCUGUUCCUUUUGAAAACCUGAGCAUCCACUGUGGAGAAAGAAUUGAGCUGGACCUGGAAGCGACAUACAACAAGAUAGUGAGGAAGAAACGUGGGGGCUGGUGCAUGGAAAACAACUACCUUCUGUCUUGGGUCCUGAAAACUCUUGGCUAUGAUGUCACUCUUCUGGGAGCAAAAGUUUAUGUCCCAGAGCUCGACGGCUAUCCAGAAGAUAUUGAUCAUUUGCUGCUACGAGUGGAUCUUGAUGGCAAAUCCUACAUUGUAGAUGUGGGAUUUGGGAUGGCCUACCAGCUGUGGCAACCAAUGGAGUUGAUUUCAGGGAUAGAUCAGCCUCAGACUCCCGGGGUCUUUCGUUUUCAGGAGGAGAAUGGGACAUGGUACUUGGAGAAAGUGAAAAGGAAGCAGUGGGUUCUGAACCCGAGCACCUCGACUUCCCCAAAUGUGGAAAAUGAAGUUUGCCGUCGGGUUUAUCUCUUUACCCUCCAGCCACGAGACAUUGAGGAGUUCAGGGGCUGCAAUGCCCACCUGCAGACAGCACCUGACUCCCUCUUUGUGACCAAAUCCAUCUGCAGCCUGCAGACCGCCGAUGGUGUCCGGGCACUGGUGGGGUGGAAACUCACAGAGAUAAAGUACAAUUAUAGGGACAAUAUGGAUCUUGUGGAAAUCAGAAUGCUUGCAGAUGAAGAAAUAGAGAAAACACUGAGGGAGAAAUUCAGUCUAACACUAGACAAGAAAUUUGUACCUGCCAAUACGAGCAAGUUAUCUCUGUUCUAACUCACUGCCUGGAUUACAAUUCAAUUCAGUGGCAUUACAGGCAAUUCUUCCCUCUCUUUCUGACAAGCAUCCAAAGGUUAAUCUUUCUCCUUCCAGCUACACCUGUGUAAGGCAGAACAUACUAUCAUGAAUCUGGAAAACAAAUGGAUUUUCACAACUAUUCCUGCAUUUCUCUUUAGGUUGGGUACCGAUAAUUUCUGCCAAGUUCAAUCAAAUCAUUACCCUUGUGUUUGUGCUUAGCGGGAAGCAGACUCAGCUCAUUCCCUACUCCUUCCAUCUCUUAAAAGCUUUUCUAAACACACCCAGUAUAGCUGGGCAGAAUGGUGGAGCUGUAUGUCUUUGUCUUUACUACCUGGUGCUGCCACCUGGGGAAAAUACCUGCCUCUAAAAUGAACACUAUAUUAUUUUGGGAGUGUAAUAGCCAAAGCCACAAAGACAUCCUGGGCCUGUUCUCUUUGUUCUCACAUCCACAACAGCCUCUCACAUGGCACUCAGGCCAUCCCACACCUGUGCAAAGUGACCAUGUGAGUAC